UCCAUCUUUCUAAAUAUGACGAUGAAGCUAAUGCUGCUGCUCCUUAGCUGUCACAUUGCUUCUGCAGUGAAACACUCACUGGUGUAUUUUAUUACUGAAUCCUCUGAAGUCCGAAACAUCCCAGAGUUUAUGGCAGUUGCAGAGGUUAAACGCACUGAGUUUGGUUACUGUGACAGCAGCAAAAAGAUAUUGGAAACAAGACAAGACUGGGUCCAAAAAACAUUAUAUAAUGACAAGGCUCAGUUGGAUUCGUACAAUGAACUUUGCUUUGCGAUACUGCCAUACGUCUUCAGAAAGUGGAUUUCAAAGUGGCAGCAGCUGGCCAGCCAAAGUGAAGCUGUCAACACUUUACAGAUGAUAGAAGGCUGUGAAUGGGAUGAAAACACUGGAGAGGUGAAUGGUGUGAUACAGUAUGGUUAUAAUGCAGAGAACCUUCUUGAAUUUGAUCUUAAAACAAUGAAAUGGAUUGCACUGAAACCAGAAGCUGACAUUAUCGAACAGGACUGGAAUGCUAAUGGAAACUCAGCAGAAACAAUCUUCCUCACUCAGACUUGUCCUGAUUGGCUGAAGAAAUAUUUGAAAAAUGGGAACAGCACCCUGCUGAGAAAAGUUCUUCCUUCUAUUUUUCUCCUCUGGAAGACUCCCUCCUCUCCAGUCAGCUGCCACGCUACAGGUUUCUACCCUCAAAGGGCCUUGAUGUUCUGGAGGAAAGAUGGAGUGGAGAUCCAUGAAGGUGUGGAUCCUGGAGAGAUCCUGCCCAACAAUGAUGGGACCUUCCAGAUGAGUGUUGGCCUGAAUGUUUCAUCAGUCACACCUGAGGAGUGGAAAAGAUAUGAGUGUGUGUUUCAGUUUUCUAACGCUGAGGACAGCAUCAUUACCAACCUGAAUAAAACCGUCAACUGGCGAAAAAACAAAAUUAGACAUGAUCAAAAAAUCCUCAUCAUUGCUGCAGCGGUUGUUCUUGUUGUCAUCAUUGUUGCUGUCACUGUAAUUGCCAUUCACAAAAUGAAAGAAGGCAGAUGCCCUUCCUCUUCUCCUCACAACACGAUAGAACUCUCCGAAAGACCACACAGACAGACAGAGGAGUCUACACAGUGUUGA